CUCGUUCGUUUUAAUCAAUCAGCAAACACGUUUUACAGCGGCGCGCAUUACGUAAGCCAUUUUACAUUACGUAUCGCCAAAGAGCAGGAAGUGUGAUGUGGCUGUGAGUACUAUCAAAAUGUCGGCCAUUUUCAACUUCCAGUCACUGUUAACAGUGAUUCUACUCCUGAUCUGUACUUGUGCCUACAUCAGAGGGCUGGCUCCCAACCUUCUGGACAAGAAUAAGACCGGGCUUUUAGGGAUUUUCUGGAAAUGUGCCAGAAUAGGUGAGCGGAAGAGUCCGUGGGUGGCGUGCUGCUGUGUUUUCAUGGCUUUUAGUAUACUGUUUCUGCAGUAGCACAAAAUCCAAAGACAGCCACAAACAGGAGAAUUGAAGAAAUGGACAGACAUUUGAAGCAUGGACAGUAUGAUUCAGGAAGCACCAGACACCGUUAGUGGCUGUGACUUAGAUAAUGUAAAAACUAGAAGCUGUCAUCACAUACAGUAGCCACAGAGAAACUAAAUAUGUAUGCGUAGGAGGGCAAGGGUGAGUUUAUGUCUCCAAAGUGUGUGUGAACCCCUCCACAUCCUUCCAUGUCUGUGUUUUUAUUGCAUAUUGUUUAUUCCCAAUCUACGUGUCUGUGGGUGGGGGAGUGCUUUUCUACCGUCAGCUGUUUUGGGAAUCAAAUAAUUCACAGGUUUGUUAAUCAUUUCAAAUAAUAAUUAUUAUAAAUAUAUAUAGAUAUUUUUUGUCAUAUUUCUGUCAACCUGAAACUUUCUACAAAAAACUCAUAAAUGCUCAAAAUGUUGGAGGAUUUAUGCAGUGACUGAUGUCCUGUUUGUUGUUUGUAAAGAUGUUAAACAUAAUUCUACAGCAGAAAACAUGUUGCAGCUCUCCAGGUGUCCACUAGCCCUUUAGCGUUUUUCUGAAAGAGCUACUGGUGGUUUUAAAGUCAGUCAGUUUGCAGCUAUUUAUUAAAAUAAAAGUUUUUGGGAAAUUUGGCUCAAGGCUUCUUUGAUUUUUUUUUUUUUUUUUUUUUUUUUUUUUGAUCAAAUGUAACUUCUUUGAUUUUUUUUUUGUUAAUCAGAGUUUUGAGCUGUAAUAAAGCAGUGCUAUGACAAGUGGUAUGAAUGAUGACUUCAAACAAGCAAACCACAUGUUGAUAAUAAAUAUUUUGCCACUC